AUGCUACUUUCUCGGACUGGUCGAAACCUAAAAGUCUACGCAAGAAGAUGGACAAGCCCACUAAGCCGAUUUUAUAGCGUAAGCGGCGAACAUGACAUCCUGCGAACAUCAUUAGAAGUUAUAGCUGGCAGCGAUCAAAUGCCAAUUAUUAAAAGUUACAGUUCUCAAGGUUUCUCCAUUGGUAAUAUUAAAAUAAUUGGCCCGGCUGCGAUUCUGCCCAAGGGAUUCUUCUUGUGGAAAGUUCGUAUAACAGUAUUUAUACUUCGAGAGUAUACUGUGAAAAGGAAUGAAAAUAUUACAGCUAGGAAUCUCUCCCUUUUUCCCGUACUUGUUCCAAGAAUUGAUAUACUAGUAAUCGGUACCGGAAAUAAUCUUGCCGUUCUUCAUCCCGACGUAUUAAAAUAUUUAAGGUCAAAUGCUAUCGCCGUUGAAGUGCAGGACACGCCCAACGCCUGUGCGACAUUUAACUUUCUUUUAGAAGAAGGACGCCAAGUAGCAGCUGCAUUGAUACCACCUGCGAAAUUGAACACAACACCUCCGCCUUCCUCUACGUCUGUUCAUGCUUAA